UCCCCAUUCUCCUCAGUCUCCUCCUUCCGACGAAUCCCUCAAUCUCUCCUCAGAUCCGUUCCCUUCUUCCCCUAAUCCGAAACCCUAGCUUUGCUCCCGCCCCUAUCGACCUCUCUGCUGCUGCAAAUCGCCGUGAAUACGCUGAAAUUGGCCUCGGUUUGUCUGUUAAUAGAUCCUGGUAAGAAGGCUGCAGCAGCGACGGCGGCGACGGAGGAGGAUGAGCACUAAGGGAAACUGGUCCCCGCCGGCGGUGAGCGGGCGGUUGUUCACAUUUGGGCUGGUGGCGUCGUGGUACUCCUCCAAUAUUGGGGUGCUUCUGCUCAACAAGUACCUCCUCAGCAACUACGGAUUCAAGUACCCGAUCUUCCUCACCAUGUGCCACAUGGCAGCGUGCUCGCUGCUUAGCUACGUGGCCAUCGCCUGGCUGAGGGUGGUGCCGAUGCAGACCGUGCGGUCGCGGCUGCAGUUCUUGAAGAUCGCCACGCUCAGCCUCGUCUUCUGCGGCUCGGUGGUCAGCGGCAACGUCUCGCUCAAGUACCUGCCGGUUUCGUUCAAUCAGGCAGUGGGGGCGACCACGCCCUUCUUCACCGCGGUGUUCGCGUAUCUCAUGACCGUCAAGCGGGAGGCCUGGAUCACUUAUAUCACCCUCAUCCCUGUUGUCACCGGCGUCAUCAUCGCCAGCGGGGGGGAGCCUAGUUUCCAUCUAUUUGGUUUUAUCAUGUGUGUUGGAGCAACCGCUGCACGGGCACUGAAGUCGGUACUGCAAGGGAUAUUGUUGUCUUCUGAGGGGGAAAAGCUGAAUUCAAUGAAUCUACUUCUCUACAUGGCUCCGAUAGCAGUUGUUUUAUUGCUUCCUGCGACAUUGGUUAUGGAGGAAAAUGUGGUUGGCAUUACAAUGGCACUUGCUAGAGAAGAUUUUAAACUUAUAUGGUACCUAUUGUUUAAUUCAACUCUUGCAUAUUUUGUGAACUUGACGAACUUUUUGGUGACCAAGCAUACGAGCGCCUUGACACUCCAGGUUCUUGGAAAUGCCAAAGGUGCUGUUGCUGUUGUCGUCUCAAUCUUAAUAUUCAAGAAUCCUGUGACAGUGACUGGGAUGCUCGGCUACACUGUUACAGUAAUUGGAGUUAUUCUUUACAGUGAAGCAAAGAAACGGAGCAAGUGAGUGCCAUAAGAAACCAUGCUCGGUUGUGUGUUCUUCAUCCUCCCAUAUGUUGGUGGUGUGUUGACUUAAUUUAUGCUGGAGGUUGGUUAGCUUCUGUGAGCAAUUCUUGUAUCUGUCGGCACCUGAUUCAUUUGCCUGCAACCAACCAGUCUUAUCUUAACAGUGAAGAGCAGCUAACAAGUAGGGUAAGAAAGUGUCAACUACCAAUCGGCCAUGUUCUUCUAUAGAUCAUUUUGAUGCCGCUCCGGCGAUGUUCCGACCUCAUUUUUUUUAAAGACCAAUUGAUGAAUUAAGUUCUCUGAGAAUUAGUUCUCAUUAACAAGCAAUUUUCGCUUAUAAGAGAAUUGUAGACCUGAUUUUGUUGUCAUUCAAUGUAAUAUUUAAUACUUUUGACAUAUACCAAAAACAAGAUGUGCCUAUAUUUCAACUUUAUUCAUGUUGGAUCAUGUCA